AUGUAUCGCGCCGUCAUGGAGGAGGUGGCACGCUUCUUCGAGCGCUACCAGCAGCAGCUGCAUCUGCAGCAGACCCACCGCAACGGGGAGCAGAUCGCACGCUCCAAGAGCCUGCACCAUGUCCACGGAGUGGGCGGUGGCUCCUCGCUGCAGGGCGACCAGCGCGGCGAUGCCCUGCUCCUGCACGAUGAGGACCAUGCCUCGUAUCUGCGGGCCCGGAGCAGCACCAAUCUGAUGCUUAACAAGUCGAUGCACGCGAUGAACGAGGAGCACAACUACGAGCCGAUCGCCCCAGCCGGCAGCUACAAUGCCUUCAAGGAUUUCACAUGGCGACGCUCUCCGAAGAAAAGUGGAGGCUGCAAGGCCCGCCUGUCCGGCCCAGAGGCCGCCGAGGAGAAGCUCAACCAGGAGGCCUUCCGCCUGGCGCGCACCAUCAGGAAUCUGCUGCACACGUCCGAGCAGCAGCCGGAUCUCACGCAGCCGCGCCACUCGCUGGCCUCCGCGAAGACCAGCUCCGUGAUGACGCUCCUCCAGACGCCGCCGCGACACAACUCGACGAGCAUCAUGAAUGCCAGCCUCUCGAUGGAGGCGCCCUCGCCCUGCCCCUCAGCCUCGACAGCCAGCGGCUCUGGGGGAGGCGGAGGCGGAUCGAGCAGCACAGAGGAUGAGAGUGGAUUCAGUUCCAUCAGCUCCUUCCACGACGUGGGCCUGCCCCUGAGCUCCACCCUGAUUGCAGGAGGAGGGGGAAUCAAUCACCAGAGGCGUCCUUCUGUCUCCGCAACAGACAGCCGCAAUUCGACGCUCAAGUCGGGGGCCCUGAAUGUGCUGGGGGUGCCCGUGCCCCACCCGAAUCAACAGCAGAGCAAUCCGCAGCCCUCGAAGACGACGUACAGGAAUGCAGGCCGCUAUCAGCGCUUCUCCACUCUGUCCAACGAGGAUGCAGCCGCUGUGCUGUGGGUCUGA